GCCAUGUCCGGAGUGCCACUCCACUAUGCCACCUAAGCUACUAGAAGCUUGGUUUUUGGCGAGCUGAUACGAAUAGCGGCGUUCGAGAUGGAGCGCGACUGCCAGUUCCUGCUGCCGCCGCCGCUCCAGUACGACGAGGGCCAGUUAUUGCACCGGCUGAUGAUGGUGGGGGAUCAGGACCCCGCGGGCGCGGGGAGGGGAGGCGGCGGUGGCGGGGACAAGAAGCGGCGGUUCACGGAAGAGCAGGUGCGGUCGCUUGAGACGACGUUCCACGCACGGCGCGCCAAGCUGGAGCCUCGGGAGAAGGCGGAGCUGGCGCGGGAGCUCGGGCUGCAGCCACGGCAGGUGGCCAUCUGGUUCCAGAACAAGCGCGCGCGGUGGCGCUCAAAGCAGCUCGAGCACGACUACGCCGCGCUCCGCUCGCAGUACGACGCGCUCCAUGCCCGCGUCGAGUCACUCAAGCAGGAGAAGGUCGCUCUCGCCGCACAGUUGGACGAGCUGAGGGGGCGGCUGAACGGGCGGCAAGAUCAGAGCGGCAACUGCAACGUCAACGGCACGGCCUCCGAGGUGGGCGACAAGAGGAAUAGCGUUACCUGCCAGGACGACGGCGACAAGAGGAAUAGCGUCAGCUGCCAGGACGACGGCGCCGUGGCGGCGGCGGUGGACGCCUCGGAGGACACGACGGCGGCCGGGUACUACGAACACACCGCGUACGGGGGUCUGCCCGAUCCGUUCUGCGCCACUCUGGAGCUGUGGGAUACAUGGCCAGCGGUGCUGGAGUGGAACGCGGUGGCAUACUGGCAUGAACCCGCACAAAAAUAGCACGCAUACUUCAGUAUCCAUGUCCUCUGUACUCCGAUAUAAUUCAGCAGACUCAUCCAAACGAUUUCUACCGUCUCAACGUUUACGCGAAUUAAUCAAACAGUUAAAAUACAAAAUUAAACCAUAUUUCUUCUUCUAAAAUACACAUUUAAUCUUCUAUUAUUUAUCUUUUAUUUCUAAA